AUGUGCUCCAACAGGGCUGAUGACUGCCCUCAAUCAUACCCGCUCCGGCCCUCGCGACCGGUGGGAAAGCGGAUUGCGCGCCUUGAUAAAGACCGCCUUGCGCAGCUUUAUUCGCCCGGUCAGUGGGAGAAGGUAAAUCUUCUCGCGAUGUUGAACGAAGGUGUAUAUUCCGGCCAACCCCAUGUAAGACUCUUCGUUUGGCAUGCCCCCAAUGGGGCACGCCCAACAUUCAACGAAGCUACCCAUACAUCCAUCGAAUACCAAGAAACAAUGACUGGUGAAAAUUUUGGCCCUUCUUGGUCCACACACUGGUUCAAAGUUUACCUUCAAUUACCUCCUGAAGUCUGCAAUAAGAAGCAUGUAGAAUUUCACUGGGACUGUAACAAUGAAGCAACCCUAUGGACAGAAAACGGACGACCUCUCCAAGGCCUCACUGGUCGAGGAGAGAGGAUUGAGUGGGUAAUUCCUGAAUCAUUCAAGGAUGGAAAGGAACAUAUGAUCUUUAUCGAAAUGGCUUGUAAUGGCAUGUUUGGUAAUGGGCCCGGGAGGCCAAUAUUCAAAAAUAAUCCCGGGGGCGAUUCUAUUCAACCCCCGGACGAGACUAAGCAUUUUGUUCUGUCAAAAGCAGAAAUUGUUGCUAUCAGCUGGGAUGCAAGAAUGCUUUACAUGGAUAUCAGAGCUAUUCAUGACGCUGCUGUCGAAUUUCCUGAGGAAAGCUGGCAGCAACACAAAGCAUUGAGUGUAGGCACCCAAAUCAUGAACGCUUUCCGUCUUGGAGAGAAUGACUCUGUUAUACAAUGUCGCAAGAUUGCGGAGGAGUUUCUUGGAUCGCAGAUAAACUCUGGCGAUAUCUUCACAGCUCGGCAAAAAAGUGAUGUUGAUAUUUUUGCUAUUGGCCAUUGUCAUAUUGACACCUGUUGGUUGUGGCCUUGGGCGGAAACAAAGCGAAAAGUUGUACGAUCAUGGAUGAAUCAGUGUGACCUCAUGGAUCGCUAUCCAGAGCUCACAUUUGCAUGCUCACAGGCCCAGCAAUUCCAAUGGCUGCAGGAAGACUAUCCGAGUGCUUGGGAUCGUGUUAAGACGAAAGUGCAGUCAGGGCAAUUCCAACCAAUAGGUGGCUGUUGGGUCGAACACGAUACAAAUAUUCCAAACGGCGAGUCACUAGUGCGUCAAUUUCUCUAUGGUCAGAGAUUUUUCCAAAGCAAUUUCGGCUUCCGGAGUCGUGUUCUCUGGCUCCCGGACUCAUUCGGCUUCAGUUCCCAGCUCCCUCAAUUAUCGAGACAGGCUGGGAUGCCAUAUUUUUUGACGCAAAAAAUUUGUUUCAACAAUAUCAAUCAGUUCCCACACACGACGUUCAACUGGAUCGCCCUCGAUGGAAGCCAGAUACUAAGUCAUAUGCCCCCAGUUCGGACCUACACUGCCGAAGGCAAUGUUGCUGAUGUUCAGCGAUGUGUCUCAAAACACCUUUCUCUAGACCAAGACCGUACCUCACUUAUGGCCUUCGGCAAGGGUGAUGGGGGUGGUGGCCCAACAUGGCAGCAUCUCGAACGCCUUCGGCGUUGUCGCGGAAUCUCGGAUACGGUUGGGCUGCUACCUCGAGUGCACGUUGGUAGCUCAACCGAAGAAUUCUUUGAAAGGCUACAAACCAAUGCCGAGUCCUUUCCUACGUGGUCAGGUGAUUUGUACUUUGAAUUGCAUCGUGGAACCUACACCACCCAAUCAAAAGCAAAGUACAGCAACCGGAAAGCGGAGUUUCUACUCAGGGAUAUCGAGCAAUUGGCGACAAUUGCAUCUAUAAUUGACAAAAACUACAAGUAUCCAAAAGCUGAGCUUGAUAAAAUGUGGCAGGGUGUUCUGCUUUGUCAGUUUCAUGACUGCUUACCAGGAACUGCAAUCAGAAUGUGUUAUGACGACUCAAAUCAACUGUACACCAAUGUGUUCAAUACCGGCCAAGAAGUUCUUCAAUUCAUCUACAAAACAUUGGAUUUAGAGCCUUUAGAAAAGUUUCCUGCAGAACCCGAGACAAUACUCGCCCUCAACACGUUUUCUUGGCCACGGAAUGAGAUUGUCGAAUUAGUGAACGCAGAGUGUGUCCUGGCCUCUGGUAAUGGAAGUGCUCUGACACUCUCCCGAAUCAUGCCUUCAUCGGCAGCUAGGCCUGUAACUGUCCGAGAGAAAUCUCUUGGGGUUUUUGAACUGCACAGUGAACAACUGUCAGUCACAGUUGAUAAUGGUUGUAUAACUUCCUUAUAUGAUAUUAAAGCUGAUCGGGAAAUUAUUCCACCGGGUAGCCGAGGAAAUCAAUUUGUUAUCUUCGACGACAAGCCAAUAUAUUGGCAGGCUUGGGAUGUCGAAGUCUAUCACCUGGACACACGUCGGGAGCUGAAGAACACCAAGACAUCCAUCACUGAGGAUACAUACAAUCGCGUGGGCGUGACAACGGUGACACAAAUCAGUCCUCAGAGUUCCAUCCGCUGUACAAUAUCUUUGUCAACUGCAUUCGCAAAUACAGACAGUUUUGUCGAAUGCACAGCAGUGGUUGACUGGCAUGAGACCAUGAAAUUCCUGAAGGUCGAAUUUCCGGUAGAUAUUCGAAGCACAGAUGCCACAUAUGAGACACAGUAUGGAGUGAUCAAGAGGCCGACACAUUACAAUACGUCAUGGGAUAUGGCGAAGUUUGAGGUCUGCUGCCACAAAUUUGCUGAUCUUUCUGAGCAUAAUUACGGUGUCUCUAUCCUCAACGAUAGUAAAUAUGGCUUUGCAACAGCGGGAAAUGUGAUGAGGCUCUCUCUUCUUCGCUCCCCAAAGGCACCAGAUGAUACUGCAGAUAUGGGAGUACACCGUAUUAAGUGGGCUAUCAUGCCGCAUAAAGGUGCAUUAGGCUCUAGCACUGUGCGGGCGGCGUUCAACUUCAACAAUCCUCUUCGGCUUUUUACAACGAAAUCCCAAAAUCCGGUACUGAAAAGCUUUCCCAUCGUGAUUGAUGGUGACGAUAGUAUAGUUCUGGAUACUAUAAAGCGCGGUGAAGAUGAUGAAGAUAUCAGUACUGGCAACCUCCCAGUAAGGAACGGACGAAGUGUGAUACUUCGUGUCUAUGAAUCACUCGGUGGGCUAUCUCGGGGAACAGUGAGAACAAUUUGGAAUAUCACCAAAGUCUUCAGAACAAAUCUACUAGAGGAUGAUGGUGAGGAGGUUAUAUUAAACGAUGGGGCCUUUUCCAUCAGUUUGGGCCCUUUCCAAGUCAGCACGUAUCGACUAUGCUUGGCCGAGGAAAAUUGA